AACGAAGUUUCAGAACGAAGUAUUUCGAGCGGGUCGUGUGUGAACGGGGAGACUUUAUUGGCGCAGACCAAGCGGACCUGGUGAUUGACGAACACGAGGUGGAGCGGUCGGCCUAUCUGGAGGACCGGCAGCUGCUGUACCUGCAGUGCGCAAUGGAGGAGCACUGCGUCUCUGCUUCCGCCUAUGCGCUCAAGGCAGACCCCGGUUGGCUGUACGAGAGUCGGCGCCUGCUUCGCUUCACGGCGCGCGUGGCGAACGUGGGCAACGCUGAGUUCAUGCCCUUCCUGCCGAAGCACGCCUGGGUCUGGCACUCCUGCCACAUGCAUUACCACUCAAUGGAAGUGUUCGCUCACUAUGACGUGCUCGACACGGCCGGACAGCGUGUGGCUGAGGGCCACAAGGCGAGCUUCUGCCUCGAGGACAACGUGUGCCAGCCCGGAGUGGACAAGCGCUACAAUUGCGCAAACUACGGCGACCAGGGAAUCUCUGUCGGCUGCACCGACACCUACGCACACAACAUCGACUGCCAGUGGGUCGACAUGACCGACGUGCCACACGGACACUACACUCUCAGGGUGUCCAUCAACCCGGAAUACAAACUGGCUGAGAUGAGCUGAAACAACGCUGCUAUAUGCGACCUCAUCUACACGCCCUACGCUGCCGUCACAAACUGCACUCUUGGAAGGCCGUGAACUCGCAGCGACAACGAGAACGCUCCUUGCCCAAGAGGACGUGCAUCUCAAGGAGCGUCGAGAUAAAGUGGACACGUCAAUGUGCCUGUUCGGACUCCUCCGACCUACCACAUGACCGUUCAUUGGUUGGUGCUGCACUCAAGGUCCAAGUCGCAGCAAUGGUGUUUGCGGCAGUCGAGGAAAAAGGACAACUCGCGCCUGUGUGAAUGUUUUUUUUUCUUUUUGUAAAAAAAGUUACGACGGCAUCAGUCGCAGGGUCUACACGGCAGCAUCCUGGUAACGACGGAUGUGCUCGCGAGACCGUCUAGCGUUCUGCUUGACCGCCUUAAGGUACAGCGAUCAUAGCGAGCUGCAAGCGCAUUCAGCGGAAAGGACUCGAAUGAUAUAGCAUACCUCUACGUGUUCUAAUACGUUAGAUGGCUCUCAGAGUUACCUUCCUAAGUGUGCAUGCCACUUACACAACACUAGUGACCUGCAUGAUGACUUAGACAUCGGGGUGGGGACAGAUGCUCGGAUCAACAGAACCCCGUGAAUCGAAGUUCGUAACGACAUUUGUUUUUUCAUGCCUGUUGCGUCAAAAUAGUCUCCAGAACGGCGCUGCGACGCUGCUGACAAAUAUUGAAAAAAAAGAAUGAGCGCCGCAAGGUGACUGACAAUGACUGGCUGGACCGUGGAUGCCACAGGGUAUCCGGACGUCUAAUAAAUGUGGAAAGAAUGUGAGAUUGCUGUAGGCUUGCAAAGUCGCCAAACUAGGAGCUACCCCCCCCCCCUUUCAAGCCGACUUGAAAUCAAGCUCGGUUCAAUACUCAGGUUUGGCAGGGGGAUCUUCACCAACACCAAAUACAUCUUAGCGCUUCCUGUAACAUUGUCUCUGGUCGUGCCUGUGUGUUCUUAGCGGGAUAGUGCAGUCGACUUCUCGGGGAGCUAGGGCUUGCUACUGCCCAAUCCACCCACCCCUGGUCUGUUGUGAUUUCCUGUGCUAAGUUAAAAUUGAAGAGACAUAUAUUUACAUGAGCCCGUUUCAAAGGUCAAGUUAGGUUCAUAUACAUGCAGGCGCGGCUGAAAAUUAUGUAAGUGAAGUUAUUUAUAAUAAGGUUUGAUUCGCAAAUCGUUGAGAAAAGUGACCAUCCACAUACGCCACACAAGCAGUAGGCGCAUAGAUAGCCGCCUUAACACCACCACCAAUGACGAGCAACUGAAAGCUGAUAUGCUGAUGUUCAACGGCUACUUUAUGCCACCUGCUGGUACAGUAAUUGCA